AUGCCGAGACAUGGUGCAGAACGACCAUGUAAGAGGACAUUGGAGUCCCUGGCUGCAGAGUCGCCAAAGACGUCUGCUGGAGUCGAGCUUGCCGGGCAGGGACAGACUUCGCAUAGUACUGCGGGUGCGUUGGGUUCUCAGACUCUGAUGGUUUCAGAGGUAUCUACCCCGACCGUAUCCGCCAUGCCCACUCCUACGAUAUUUACGGUACCACCAGCAUAUUCGGCACCUGCUCCGGUAGAGCCUACGGCGUACCAGGCAUCACCGCCACCUGGACCUACCAUAUACUUGGCACCAGCGGCACCCGUGCCCCCAGUGCCUACAACAUAUGCGGCACCCGCACCAGCAGCAGUAGUUGCUCCACCUCCGGUACCACCACCCAUCGUACCCCCUGCCGCGCCCACCUAUGCUGACCCUGCAGUGCCACCAAUGGCACCUGCCUCAGUCUAUGCAGCGGCACCGGGGAUGCCUCCCCCGGCCUAUGCAGUGGUACCACCUGUUAUACCAGCUCCAGUAGUUCCGCUAGUUCCUGCAGUCGUCUCUACUCCCCUCACUGAUAUAGUCAUGGCACGAGCUCAGAUCCCAGCUUGGCACAGUCGAUGA